AUGACCAAUCGAGGUUUACUCUCGAGCAACCUGCCGAUUCAAACCUACCUCUUCUCGCACUUGGGUCUGCAAUCAAAUGUGAUUGUGGCAGCAUCAUAUACCAGUGCCCAGGGGACUGAGGUGCUAUCCAGAGACAUUCUCUACCCAGCCAUUCGACAUGUAGUGCAAUUAUAUCCGGAACUAUCCACAGUCACUUUCUCUCGCCCGUCAACGACGAUGAAAAAUCGAAAUCGACGCUGGUCAGGCUUUCUACGACAAAUAGACUUGGACAAUCAUGUCAAAUUCGUUCACAUUUCUGAAAAAGAGGAAAAAACAGGUCUAAGCGCGACGAUACAAAGAUAUCAUAACAUCUGGUUCGAAGAUGUCUCAGAAAAGCCACCAUGGCAACUUAUCGUGGUAAACGGCAAACACGUUCUAUUCGUGUUCGAUCACUAUUUCACCGAUGGCCGCGGUGCAGCCUAUAUCCUGGGUGGCCUUUUGAAAGCAUUGAACCAGCCGAGUAAGACUAUAGUUGACGAUUCACCCAUUGUCAAAGUAGCUCCUGAAUUGCCCGGAUUUCCAGAGGAAGAUCCACUGAUCCGUGCCGGCCUCUCUGGCUAUUUCAUCAACCGCUUGAUCCAAAUUUCAUGCCGCUUGACCGAUUCCUUCUUCCACGACGCUAAAUGCCAACCGAAGGACAAAUUGGAUGUCAUCAACCCGCACCGUGAGACUCGUCUAACCAAAACAAAAGUUGAUACUCUCCGUCUCGACGCUGAGACGGUUGAAAGAUGUGUCAAAACCUGCCGCAAGCACCAGACCUCAUUCACCCGCCUCCUGCAUACGCUCAUCAAAGUAAUUCUCGCAACGGACUUUUACCCCAAAGCGAAAUUCAGCCACUCGCACCUAGCCGUUGAUAUUCGAUCUUAUCUUCUUCCUGCACCCCGGGUGACCAUGAAAACAGCCGUUUCGAUCUUCACGAAAUUCGACUGGCUUGCCAAGUUCAGAAAAGCCGGGAAGGGGGAGAGGGACAGUUCCGACAAGAUAUCUAUCGUCAACGCGAGUAUUGUAUGGGACUUGGCACGAGAGCAUAAAAGUCUUCUUAUGGAGGACCUGAAUCAUACGAAGAUAUGGCGAAAGGCUUGGAAGAGCAUGGAACUUGUCCAGGCAGACGAUGAAGAUUUCAUUGCUCAGGCUAUUGAUGGGUAUUCAACGGCGCUGCGAAAAUCUUUCGAAAUAUCUAACCAUGGUGUAUUCGAUCCCGCUCAAUUCGGCUGGACUGGCUCCGAUGCAAAGUGGAAGAUCUCUAAUAUGGAGUCCUCGGCUAGUAUUAUGAAGGCGGGCUAUGGAACUAAUAUGACAUUUAAUGUUAUUGGUGUUGCGGGGGUUGAUACGGUUAUCCAUGUCGGGUCGGAGGAGGGUAGUUUGAAGGAUAACUUUGUUGCUUCUGUUGGAGCGUGUUCGAAUACGGCUUGA